AUGCCCGGGGUGCAUGAAAGUGGCCCGGCGUCCGAACUGGUCGUCGAUGUGGUGGAUGAGAUGCUGGUCAUUGUAGAAGAAAAACUGGUGAUGUCUGAGCUGAAAACGGUAGUCGAAGUUGUCGUCAUGGAGGAAAAUGUAGAAGACGAGGUAGUGGAAAUGAUAUCCGACGUUGAAGCCAGAUUGGAUGUUGCGAUAGAGGAAGUGCUCGCCAAGGAUGUUGUUGAUAUCAAUAUUGAAGUCGAAAGUGCAAGUUCAGAGGUAGUCGACUCAGAAACACUGUAG